CGCAUCUGUUCCAAAGCUGCGGUAGAGGAGGAAGCUGCACGCAUCUUGUGAGCUGGAACAGAUGAAACUUUGUUUUAACUUUAAUACUACGAAGGAAUGCAUUGAGCGCAGAGAAAUUUUCGGGCGGAAAGAACUUUAAAGUCUUUUGCAAAAAAAAAAAAAAAAAAUCAAAAAUAACAAAACACAUCUGAUUGCUGGACUAUGACCGAACUCCGCUGUCUGAGGAACCAGAGCGUUUUAUGAGAAGUGGGUUGUUUUUGAUUACAUUCAGAGAACUGAGGGGGGGUUGGCACUUUUUGUACCAUUGUUGAAGGCUGCAGACCGACAAAAGUCCUGCCGGGGAUUUUGAGACGCACCAGUGUGUCUGCGCUAAGAAAAGGAGGAUCUUGGAGGAUCUUGGAGGCUGAAGACAUGAGACCGUUUGUCAUAUGCGCGCUUCUGCUGUUAAAAAUUACUCUCGGGGAUGCCUGUCCCAGUGGUAAGCUCACUGAAUCAGGGCAGUGUUGCAGUCUGUGUCCUGCCGGCUUCGGAGUGGAGGUAGAGUGCGGGAAAGAGGAUACCAAAUGUGCGCCAUGCCCGCAGGGAACGUUUUCGUCGGGCGUCGGCCCUUGCCUUCCGUGUGCCAAGUGUCCGCAUAGUGUCCCCAUGGUGGCUUCCUGCUCUGCCACUCAGAACACACAGUGUGAGUGUGACACCGGCUUCUUCUUCUGGGAACCCCAAUCCGUGUGCGCACCGUGCUCCAAAUGCCCUAUCGGCCAGGGAGCCGACCGGGAGUGCAGCCUUCAGGAAGAUACGCGGUGUCAGCUCUGUGCCCCGGGAACCUUCUCAGAGGCUCAAUAUACCACCAAACCGUGCCAAACCUGCACUCAGUGCUCUGACAGCGAGGUGGAGAUCCGUCCCUGCAUGCCCAACUCGGACACACUCUGCAUGGAUAGGAAGCUGCACAUUCUGUCUCGCCCCGCUGCCACCGGCGCUGCUGCCUUGCCGGGCGGAGAGGACGAGGACGCGGAGACCACUUCUGUCCCCGGAGGCCCCAAGUUUACGCAGGAUGAGGGGAGCAGCAACAACAUUCUUGUUUACGUGUCCGUUCUGGCGGCCUUAGUGCUGGGCCUGCUUGUUUAUGUGGCUUAUAAAUGCUGGAGAUCAUGUAAACAGAAGAAGGCCCUCUCUAAAGCCCGUGCGGCCGAAUUGGGAACAUCUCCCGAAGGAGAAAAGCUCCAAAGCGACAGCGGCGUUUUUCUGGACUCAUGCAGCCUGCAAGACAACCAGCCCAGCAAAGGCACCAAGAGAGACAGCAAGCAGGACAACCGCCUGUAUAUCAACCUUCCCCCACACAGGCAGGAAGAGGUGGAGCGCCUCCUGCAGGAGGGAAGUGGCCGGGGGUGGAGGCACCUGGGCGCAGCUCUGGGCUAUGAGUCCCAACAGCUGGACCUGUUUGGGCACGGGGAGGCCCCCGCGCGCACUCUCCUCUCUAACUGGUCCCAGAAAGAAGGCUCCACUCUGGGACUGCUGAGCUCUGCGCUGGCCCGCAUUGAGAGGCCUGACGUGGAAACGGCUCUUAACUCCCCCGCGCAGGGUGUAUCUGUGGUGUGACAGCUUCUUAGCCCCACGUAUGACACUCAGAGACUCAAGUGAAGGACUUUCAUCGACAUGACAGGAGAGGCACUCUGAUAUCAACACCUCUGUCAAUGCUGGAAGCUGUCACGGACAUUUUUUUUUUGUUGUUGUUGUUGCGUUAACACGUACUUAAGUUUUUUUUACUUUAAACUUUACACCCGUUUAUGUUUCCGUUCACACGGAUUUCAGUGCAUGAAAGAGUCUCCUCCCAACAGAUCAAAUCUCCAGAGGAAAUUAAAAAGACUGCGCGUUGCAAAUGACUUGAGAGAACAACCCAGUCAUCUGGAUGACAUGGAAUGACCUCCGCGUAACCUGGCAAGAAGAAAAAUAUUGUUUACAUGUGCUGCAUGAGUGCUAUUCGGAAAGGCAGUAUCUAUUCCGAGCCCCCUCAACAAAAAUACUCCCUCCACUUGCUCCGGUAAACAAAGAUGGGUGGUUUCGAUCAUCGUGUCUCUACCCUGGUUCGAUUUUUGUUUUGUUUUUUAAUUUUUAUGAAUCACUACUUGCAGCUGAUGUUUGUCAAAGAGUUUCUUCCAUCGAUUAUGAUGUGACUGUCCAUGUCUGGCAUCUGUGUGCGUGCAUGUGUAUGCUUUUUAAAAAAAAAAAGAAAAAAAAAAGAGGGUUUACAUGAUCAGAUUUCUAUAGUAGAAAUCAAUCGUUAAAGCUACUUAACGUCUCAGUCAGGCUUGCAGUUGCAAUUUUAUAUCCAGACAUUUUAUCUUAUGUGUAGAUAGGUACUGCCUAUGAGAUUGUUUUAUAUAAAAAAAUAAUACUUCUUUGUACCGUUUUGUGUUCUUCUUCUUUUUUUCUGCAGCAGCCGCUAAGUAGCUGUGGAAUUUCAUUUUCACUAUUGUGCAUCACAUCUUAUUAGGGAAAAGGAGGCAUUUUGUUAAACACCUUUUUGUUUUGUUUUUUUUAGCUCUUCUUACAAGUAACCGUGUGAUUGUAAAUACUGAUGUGCCUUGGUAAAUCGUUGCUUUAAGUGAGAGUUGGUCCGCUGUGAAGUCUGGAAGCGCGGCGCCGUUUAAGUCAUCUUGAAUUUUCCCAUAUUUGAACCAAUAUCCGAAGACGCCGUUGACAUCGACGCUCGUGUCCAAAUUUCCACAUUUCUUUUGUAUUUAUUCCAUCACCGUUAAAAGUAAAUAAAAUCAGCGAGAAGCAUGGACGUCUGUGGUCUGCUAGUUGCACUGUGGCCGAGAUGGUUUUAUGUAUCUUUUUUUAAUCUUUUGAUAUAAUAAACAACUUAUAAAUUA